AUCUUCUUCUCCCAUACCUCCCGCCGGCCGUCGCCUAUUCCGUUCAUCGGUUCUCCAGGCCUGCUCACCCCCCUCUCCUCUCCCAUGAGAUCGUUUGCUCUGUGUUCGGCAGCCGCGGUCCUGUCCGCUCUGGCUGUCUCCACCUCGGCUGCCCCCGUCAGCAGCUCCGGCUCCUGUCCGGCCGAUGCCUCCGCCAGCACCUACCAAGAGUGUGGCCAGUUCCGGGUUGACACCAAGCAGCAGCUCUGCAACCAAUAUCGCGACGACUGGCAGAAGCGCGUCCACUGCUUCAGCAUCGUCGACUCGAUCGCCGACUCGUGCAUCCAGGCCGUCGACAAGAAGAACGUCCCCUUCUGCUUCACCAAGGCCCUCGAUGAUCUCUACCCCAACGCACCCUCCUCAUCCUCGUCCGUGGCCAGCUCCGAGAGUAGCCAGUGCCCCUCUGAUGCCUUGGCCAAAACCGUCGCCGACUGUGACGCCGCUCAGCAGUACAUCGACGCCAACAUCUGCAGCAGCCGCGCCGAUAAGGACAGCUGCCUUGCCGCUGCCAGCACCCUGACCGGCGCCUGCAAGAGCGCCGUCAACUCUGGCAGCACCUUCUGCUUCGAGACCGAGUCGGCCACCUUCAUCACCACCUACGGCCAGCCCACCACCCAGAGCUCGCUCGAGGCCAGCUCCUCCAGCAGCAGCAGCUCCUCGUGCAAAGACGACUUUUUGGCCACCAGCUACAGCCAGUGCUCCCAGGCUCGUGCUGCCUUCAAGUCCAAGUUCUGUACCCAGCAAAACUCUGACAUCCGUGUCCAGUGCUUUGCCGAGGUCGAUAAGGCCAGCGACCAGUGUGUCCUCUCGAUCGACAAGCAGCAGCCUUUCUGCUUCGAGCCUCUCUUUAACGAGCUCAACGGCCAGAGCAAGCCUACCCACAGCACUCACGCCACCCACAGCACUCACGCCACCCAUAGCACCCACGCCACCCACAGCACCCACGCUUCGCACACCGCUUCUCCCACUAGCACCCCCAGCGGAUCCUGCGAUAAGGACUACCUUGCCGAGUCGUACGACGACUGCUCCAAGGCCCGCAGCAUCCUCAAGCAGCAGUUUUGCACCCAGUCCGACUCGAACAAGCGCGUGGCCUGCUUCGAUGCGGUCGACCACUCUGCCAACGAGUGUGUCACCGCCAUCGAUCACAAGUCGACGUAUUGCUUUGAGGCCAUUUACAAGAAGCUGAGCGGCAGCUCGCCCAGCCCCAGCCCCAAGUCUUCUUCGGCCGCCACUUGCGGUUCGGAAUACCUCGCCACCUCGCAGUCCCAGUGCGACACCGCCAACACCGAAAUCACCGCUUACUGCACCCAGAAGGCUGCUGCCGACAACAAGGACAUCUGUCUGCUCACUGGUCGUGUCUCUAUUAACGAGUGCAGCAGCGCUGUCAGCAGCGGCAGCCAGUACUGCUUCGCGGAUACGAUUGCCGCCCUGGGCACGUACGCCACCGACUCUCAGACCUGCACUCCUAGCUACCUUGCUUCCACCUCUGCCGACUGUGACGCUGCCCAGGCCGAUCUGUCGCAGAUUUGCGCUUCCUUCACCAGCUAUGUCUCCCAGAGCUCGUGCGUCAACUUUGGAUCCUCCUUCAUCAGCGACUGCAAGAACGCCAUCGCCCAGCAAAAGUCGUACUGCUUCGAUGGUGCCAUCCGUCAGCUUGCCACCUUUAUCCUCUCGAACGGCACCGCCUCGGCCUCGGCCUCCGCCACUCCCGCGCCCUCGGCUACUUCGGCUGUUGUUCAAUCGCCCGCCCCCUCCUCUUCUGCGUCCCUCGCUGCCGGUCCCUCCGCUUCCGCGUCCCUCGCCCCCUUGAGCUUGGCAGCCAUCACCUCCUCUGCCGCCUCACCCUCGGUCACUGCCAUCUCUAGCGUUGGUCCUGCUGUUGUCGUCACUGGCUCGGCCACUGCUGCUGCUGCCAGCCCCUCUGCCACUGCCUCGACGUGCAACCCCGAGCUGCUCGCUGCUUCCUCGCAGGACUGUGACAAGGCCAGCGCCGAGGGCCAGCAGCUCUGCAGCCAGGCUGGUGCCAAGAAGGAUGCCUGCACCGCCAUCGUCACCAGCGCCGUUUCGGAUUGCAAGUCCGCCGUGAGCGCCGGUAACACCUACUGCUUUGCCAACGCUGUCCAGCAGCUCAAUGCUCUCGCUUCCCCGGCCAACAGCACCUGCCCCGAUGGCGCUCUCGCCAACAGCACCACCCAGUGCGAGGCUGCCCGCGCCGCCCUCAAGUCCACAAUCUGCUCCAAGGUGGCCGACGCCACCAAGCAGACCCAGUGCAAUGCCGAUGUGGACAGCCUGAUCAACACUUGUGACUCGGCUGUCGGCACCAACUCGAGCUACUGCCUGGUUGACCCCCAGUCGGCCUUCUACCAGCACUACGCCAACUACGCCAGCGGCAACAGCAGCAGCAGCAUCAGCAGCCUGAGCGCCGCCAAGCUCGUGUCAGCCUCCUCUCCCUCUCCCUCGACCUGCAACAGCGAAUUCCUUGCCGUCACCUACGGCAACUGCGCCACCGCUCGCGCCGAGCUCAAGAAGGCCGGCUGCGAUGGCAUCGCCAACUCUGACGACCGCGUCACCUGCCUGAACGCUGCCGACGCCCUCGCCGACAAGUGCGUCAAGUCUCUCGACCAGCAGACCCCCUUCUGCUUCCUGACCGAGGGCGCCGACUUUUUCAGCAAGUACAUCAACAGCACCCCCACUCCCAGCACUACUACCGCUGCUCCCUCGGCCUCGCCCUCGUCGAGCACCACCUGCCCCUCGAACAAGCUGGCCGUGACCUAUGGCAACUGCUCCGACGGCCGCGCCUGGCUCAAGGCGACCUACUGUGCUCCCUUGACCAACAACGACGACAAGGUUGCUUGCUUCGCCGAGGCCGACAGCUUGGCCGAUCAGUGCGUCAAGUCCCUUGACCAGCAGACUCCGUUCUGCUUCGACACCAGCAGCAGCAAGUACCUGCACUAAGUGCGCGGGUCGUUUAGAGCAUUGCCCCCCUCAUCCAUAUUGUGCUUGGCUGCUCAGUACAUUUUGGCUUCUCGUGACUUGCCGGGGCUGCUGGAGGCGCUCGGGUCACCCUACCCACCACCAUACGGCGCUCUGGGUGCGUCGUCGUCGAUCAGGUCCGCUGCCUGCUCCGAUUUUCCCUCCGCAUUUUGUACCUGCUUUAACUCCACCGAUUUUCCAUCCCUGCCACUGGCGUUUGCUGUGCUCUGACGAGGCUGCCAGUCUGAUGUAUAUCCCAUCCCGAUGGAAAUACAUGUAUUUUUUACAUAGCCG